AAACCCUAGAUAUCAUCUACUCUAUAUAUCAUUGGCUUUCUUCUCCGUUGGAGUUCUUAAGGUGCUUUUUCAAUGGCAAACACAACUCAACCUGCCAGAAGUUGCGUUCUGAGAGUUGGAAUCAAGUGCUGCAAAGGUUGCCAGACAAAUGCAAAGAGAAAGUUACUCAGUGUUUCUGGGGUGAGUGCAGUUGAGUAUAACGCAGAACAAGGGCUCCUAAGAGUCUCAGGUGACCCCAACCCAGCUAAGCUGCUUCGCAAGCUUGCCAAAUGGGACAAAAACGCAGAGCUUGUCUCUCUUCCUGGUGAAGUCUCUGCCCCCGCUCCUAGAACCCCUCAACUUUACCAGACCAAGAGGAUGGGGAAGAGGACAACAAAGUGUUUUCUUCUGAGGUGUUUCGGGACUAAGGAAAAGGUUGAGCCUUAUGGAGUAGCAGGGGAUGAAAACGGCAGCGCAACGCCCUUCAUCAACACUGUUGCGCCUCCAAUGGUGUAUCCUCCUCCUCAACCAACGCCUGGCUUCGCGACACCCAUACCAUACCCUCCUCCCUGUUUUGGGGCAAACCAACCACCAUACACAUACACUUCUGGUGGUAUGUACCAGUCACCUCCACCAACUUUCCAGUUAAGAAAGACGCAGUUUCCACAGAUGGUCAACUACCCGCACCACUGAGCUAGAAAAAACAGACGCAUGCCUGCUUCUUUUCUCUUGAAUGAAUCCACACAAGCAAUUCAAAAGCAUCCAGAAUAUUUGUCUAGGCGAUUGCCAUGCCUACAGCUUAUUUUUGGUUAUGAAUAUGCCUAAUAAGAGAAUCAUAUUGAACAACAGCAACAACAAAUUUUUUUUUUGGUCAAAGACAGUAUAAAGUUAAUAAAUAAUAAAAUCCAAAGAUAAAAUAUAUCCAUUUCCUAUUGGAAACAUGUGAUUAAUAUAGAGUUUGUGUCUGUUUGCUAAAUUGAUGAAUAUUAGCUGAACUAGUGGAAUAUUUUAUUAAAACCAUUGAAAACAAUUCGUGCUAAUCGCAGCAUAUCCGUGAAUCCAAAAAAGUUAGCAAAAGCUGAUGGAGAGUGACCUAAUUAGUUUUGAGAAUCUUCUGUAUAUUAAUCUUUAGCGCGCGUACAUGGAAGAGAUUACACGGUUCCUAUAUACUAUGAUCUCUUGCUGAGUGCUGAUUCUCGUUUUAUACCCUAAAAUUAUACAAAAAAAAACAAAAACAAAACAAAACAAAUGCAGAAGAAAGAAAGAAAACAGGAAUCAGAAUGCGAUCCCUUUGGAACAUCACUCUUCCUUUUUACUUGAAAAAAAGCUUGUUAAAGUUUCCACCAUUCCUCUUUUCAACAAUGAGAAUCUCCCAACCCAAGAAAUUUCUCCUUUGUUUUCUUCUCUCUUUGCAUGGUGUUCCCUUUUGAAACACGUUAUACUGAUAUAUCAACAAAGCUACCUUCUUUUUUUAAUCACGAAUUUUUGGAUUAUAAAAACCUCGUUAAUCUUCUCUGCACAGAUCACUCUCUAAUUAGCUCCUUUACUUCCUAAGCUCUUAGCAUAAUUAAUUGAUAUCGAUGGCAAAGAACUCAGAGAGGUGUGCUGGCAUAAGGUGAUACUUUUCUCUGGUAUCCGGAGCCUGGCCGUGGUAGUGGGAACUUCUCUACUAGCGCGACUUGGAGAGCCCUUUAUCACAAUUCUUUAGAGGUGUGCUGGCAUAAGGUGGUGUGGUUCGCAGGUCGAGUACCUAAACAUGCCUUUAUUACAUGGAUUGCAGCUAGAGACAGAAUGGUUACAAGAGAUAAACUAAUUCGGUGGGGAUUGAGAGUUCCAGCGAACUGUGUCCUAUGCCCCUCUCAUGAGGAAUCUCGAAAUCACCUGUUUUUUUAUUGUACCUUCAGCAAUCAGGUUUGGACGUUUUUCACUUCUCGCUUACACCUCUCACCCCCACAGGGGUUCGAGGCAAUUCUGAGAUGGCUUAAUGCUCCCUCUAGAGAUCCUAGUAUUACGUUGAUCGUGAGACUUAUCUUCCAAGCCGUCUUAUACUUGGUCUGGAAAGAGAGAAAUAGUAGAGUUCAUGGAGGUGUGGAGAAACCUCAUAGUGCGAUUGUAGCUGAAGUCCAGCAGAUCAUCAGGUUCAGACUAGAUCCUUUGGCUCGUCGACAGGUACUAGCGUCAGGGCAGUCGUCAGUGCUUGCAGUUUGGUUCUCCUUCUUCGAUGGGUGAGGCUGGUUUUGUUACUCGAGGAGUGACUUGGUGGUAAGUUUGUUGGGUGGCUGUAGAGCUGCUCUUUUUUCUUAGCUUUAUGUUCGGUUUCUUUGUAAUAAGUUUUUUAAUUAAUAAAUGGAAAUUUAAAGUAAAAAAAAAAAAAA